AUGGGUCCCAAUGUGAAGGACAAUCCAAUGCCAAGUCAUGGUCCUUCAUCAGUGAACAAUAUAGAAGUUUGUCUCAAUGAACAACGUGUUACGAAGAUAGAGGAGAUUCGGCAGUCUUUGGUUGAAAUUCAUUCUGUUUUAUGUGCUCAUGUCAAUUCAAGAGGUUGUAGAAAGAUUCAAGAUGAUUUGCAAGGCGUCCUUGAUCAGGGUUUGAUUCAGAUUUCUAGACAAGUGAGUUCUCCAGAAUCACAAGAACAAGAGGUGAAUGUCAUCAUUCCUUGCUUCAACAUUCCAGAGAAAGUAGAGAUAGCUUAUCAUCCGAGGGAGCCAGUGGUGAUUUGCCCUCCGGGCCCAAUGCCUUACACUUCAGAUAAAGCGGUCCCCUACCGCUAUGCAGCAACUAUUAUUGAGAACGGUAAAGAGGUCGAGAUUAAAACCUUAGCCUCAGUUACCAAUAUCGCAGCAAAUAGCCGAAUGACGCGCAGUGGCCGCGUGUUCGCUCCGCCGGUUAUCCCAAGUAGAAAUGUUGAGAAAGAUCCAGUAGUCGUGGUACCAGUGACAAGAGAAGCAGAAGGGCAAACAAGCAAUUCAACCCUUGAUAAAGAAACAGAUGAACUACUUAGAAUUAUCAAGCUCAGUGACUACAAAGUGGUAGAUCAGUUGCUACAGACACCGUCAAAAAUCUCGAUCCUGUCCUUAUUAUUGAAUUCAGUUGUCCACAGAGAAGCACUACUGAAGGUGCUUGAUCAAGCCUUUGUAGAACAGGAUAUAACAGCAGAGCAGUUCAACAAUGUUGUAGGCAGCAUCACUUCGUGCAAUGGCUUAGGCUUUUGUGAUGAAGAACUGCCAGAAGAAGGAAAGAAUCACAACUUCGCUCUCCAUAUCUCAGCCAAUUGUCAAGGGGAUUCUUUGUCUAAUAUCCUAAUUGACACCGGUUCAUCUCUGAAUGUCAUGCCCAAGUCUACCUUGGUGAAGCUAAAGUACAAAGGGGGGCAAAUGCGGCACAGUGGAAUUAUUGUGAAAGCGUUCGAUGGAUCAAGAAAAUCAGUCAUUGGAGAAGUUGAUUUGCCUAUUGGUAUUGGACCACAUGUAUUCCAGAUCACUUUCCAGGUUAUGGAUAUAGUGCCAGCUUAUAGCUUGACGGUUAAUGGGGAGCAGGCUAUGCUGAUUAGCCACCUUUCAUCGUUUAGUGUGAUAGAAGCAGACGAAACGGCUGUUCAAACUCCAUUUCAGGCCCUGACCAUCGAUGAUUACAAGAAAAGUGAAGGUUCAAUCGCGUCAUUCAAAGACGCCCAGCAGAUUGUCAAGACAGGUCCUACAGAAAUGUGGGGCAAGGUGAUAGAGUUGCCAGAAAACGUUAACCAUGCAGGAUUAGGCUUUGUUGAUGGAAAACAAGUGCAGACUUCAGUGGUGCGACCUUUCAAAGAUAUCUUUCACAGCGGUACUGUGUCAGGUGGUAGCAUAUUUUGUGUUGUGAACUGGUACAGGUCAGGAAUGACCAUUGCAGGUCCAUGGUUUUAUGAGGCUUGUGAGAUUUUGGCUUUGAUUUCAGACUUGUUCAUGUGCAUUGGCUUUACAGGGCUUGUAUGGUGUAAAUGGUAUGAAAUGGCAAGGUUUGGAAUUGGUGGAUUGUUAUCUGAUUUGGUUGGGAUUUUUUUUGUAUUUUUCUCAUGGAAUGGACAAUAUAAUGGAUUGUAA